UCUCCCCCAGAAUCUGUCACUCUGUGGCAUUGUUAUUUAUAUUAUUUCCGUCGUAUCUCAAUUGCAAAUUACUUGUUUAGCAUUAUUUCGUUCUAGUUUUUUGUUAAUAUGAUACAAGUGAUCGUGCUCGGUGCAUGGGUGUUGCAUUUCUCGUAGUGUAUUCCGAUCCAUUCGGUCCUUAAGCUGAUACUGCAAACAGAUCACCGAGGAUGACAUUGAUAGAAGGCGUGGGGGAUGAAGUGGUCCAAUUCAUGGCCGCGCUGGCGGUGGUGGGCGUCGGCAUGCUGGCGUGGUGGUCCACCAACGCCCGGCCGGACCGCUACCGAACCGUGCUGGUCAUGCGGUCGCGCGCACAUCCUGUCACAGUCAGCAUUCGGCCUAGCCCCAGGCCGGCUACAAUUGUCGCAAGUACAGUUGCCACGGUUUCUACACCAGCUUCUACAUCUGAACCAAAUGGGAGCACAGAGGAGGCGCCCCGGGACAAUUCCAGGGUGAUCCCCCUGCAGGAGAUGGACAGCAUCGUGGACGCCGACAUGGCCAUGAUGGACAACAAUCGCCUGCACUUCUACAGGAGGAUUGACUCCCCCCACACGCCGCUGCUGACGCCAGAUUCAUCAGGCGACGAGGUAGAGGAGGAGCGGACACGCGCGGGCGCCGCGCAGAUGCAGGAGAUGGAUAGCAUCGUGAGCGCCAUGGAGGCCGACGUUACUGCUCGAGACUUGUUCACACCAGAAGCAAACUCAUCCAAGGCUCCCGCUAAAGGUGACACAAAGGACAAUAAAGAAGAUGCCGAGCCCGCCGGCGCUGAGGCCGCCGCCGCCGCCGAGGCCGCCGACGCCGAUACCACGGACGCCGACGCCGCCGCGAGGAAGAUACUCAUCAAACUUAAAUAUCUUAACGAUACGCUCAAAGAAGUGGAGGGGAGUCUAGACGAGUUACUUAAGGACUUUAAAUGGCGGCACUUCUCCGUGGAGCUGUCAGCGGAGUCCCGCGUGCGACUGAUCUUCAACGGGCGGGUGCUCCUCGACGACGGGCUCACGUUGCGCGCGUGCGGGCUGCACGACCGCGCCGUCGUGCACUGCCUAGUGCACCCCAAGCGCGCCGUGCCCGCACAGACUCUGAAUCCAGAAGAGACGGGCACGGCCGAGUUGGUGACGGAGGGCACGCCGCCCGAGCGCGCCUGGGACCUGGAGAACAUCCUCAUGACGCUCGUCUCCGUGGCCCUCACCGUGGUCUGGUUCUUCAGGUGCGAAUAUUCGAACAUGUUCACGGCGAGCGCGAGCGUGGCGCUGUUCGGGCUGACGGUGUUCUACAGCGUGGCCAUCUUCGGCCUCUACCUGUCCGACACCUUCCACUUCGAGCGGCGGCCGCAGCCCGUGCCCAACAACUAGACACCUUAUUAUCUAAGCCGUUAGGUCGUUUUCAGGCUGCGAUACUAAACCGAUAUAAGCGAUGAUGCUCAGCCUUGAUGACUUAUUUCAGGGGUCGGCAACCCCGCAGUAGAAACUACCAGUUUAAGGAAUCUCAAAGGGCCGCAAAUGUUGUUUUCAAGGGUCUAAGAUGUGAUUUUUUUAGUCGCUUGAAAAAUUAAAUCGUACCUCCAAAGAGCCGCGGUUUGCCGACCCCUGGCCUACUUAUAUGAAUGGCAAGCUGGAGCAAUAAAGCCACAUAUAUUUGUCUCGUUCACUGGCGUCAUGUAGCCUUCGCAAGGCUCGGUAACAACGAACCAUAUCUGGUCUGAUUACGGCCUUAGGAGCGUUGACGUUCAGGUAGGAAUCAUUCGGAUAAAGGUUUGAUUUAACGCAGAAUCGACUGCGUCUUACGUAAGCGAACAACUCGCGGCGCGGCGCGGCGGGCCCAAGGCGUUCGCGUUCGCAACGAGAUCGCCCACGUAGGACAUUUCUAUAGGUAUCAAAGGAUUGAUUCACCCCGCGCCGCAUUGCUUCGCUUCGCGUUCAGGUGUUGUUCGCCUACGUAGUACGCUGCGUUACUAAGGAAUCUUGUACAAUUAUUAACAUUACUACGCAACCAGACAAGUUGAUUUAGUAUCAGGUUGCAGAUCCAGCCUCUGUGAAACCCAUUUCGAAGUCAACAUUAAAAUGUCAUCAAAAGUGAAAUACGGAAAUUAGCGGUCAUUGAAAUCGUAAUCGGAGUAAAUAUUGUAAUAACGUGAAUGUUGUUACAAUUAUUAUAAAGUAACUACGAACGAUACAUUCAUCUUGGUGAAGAGUAGUGAAGACAUCUUUACGCAUUGUAUGAUAUAUUUCAUGUUUUUCCAAUGGACAUCAGGACAUAUGAAGUUUACUACCAUAAUUUCUACCUGAUGCACGUACGCUCAUAAUGUAACCCUUUAUAUAAGGCAUAAGUUUAUCAGGUAAUGCAAAAUUGAACCCUAUCACUUUGAAAUAAAGUUCAAAAUCAGGUGGGUAAUAUAUGCUAUAGUAUUAACAACAUUAUUUGCGGUAUUUGACACAUUAUGACUGACGUAUAUAGAGAUGUAACUAACGCAAAUCGAUUGUCACAGCAAGCGAUUACGAUUGGAUGGCACGUAGACUGAGGUAUCGAAUUGUGGCGUAUAAUGAAUUUUUAUUUGAGAUUUAAAUAAAGCUAGAAUUAUAUGGUUUUCCCGCAAGCUAAAUGCAUUUAAUACACCGACCGAGUAGGUCGCACCCAUUGUCAAAAUUGAAACUAACUGGGGAUCUAUUUUAAAGUUUAUUUAUGUUAUUUCUGUGUCAAAUUUGUUGUCUGUUAAGUGACGAUAAAUAUAUCCAUAUUUCCAGUUAAUUAUCCACCUUUUCCUUAUUUUUAUUAAAAGAAAAAUGAAAAAUUUAUAUCGAUUUACUUAGACGACUACCGAUUCAUGACGGUGGUGUCCGGCCAACCCUAAAAUUAAAAAAAAAAGACGUAGAACGUAAACGUUCGCAGUGCAGUUGUUUUCCUUUGUGAUUUCGAUGUGCAAGACAUUUUACGUAGUAUUGCUGUUGUGAGUGACAGACGUCAAAUACCGCAAAUAAUGUUGUUUACACUAUAUAUGCCAUAUAAAAGGCUUGACAUACCAACAAAAUUAUUUGCACCAAGCAAAUUUUAUGUGCGUACAGGUAAACAAAAGGUCGUAGAUAUAAAAAAUCUUAUUUAUUAUACUUAUCCUAAUGCGUUGCAAUAAAUCAAUAACAAUCUUUAUUUACUAUAGGAUACAGCCCGAUUUAAAAGUAAAUUGUUUUUAUUUUAAUAUUGGGGUAAUUAUUAAAAUCGUAAAUUAUGUUGUUUCAAUUUCAUGAUAAGUAUUACUUUAUGUUUCUUAAUUGGUUCGGAAAAUUCUACUUUGUCUUGAGGGAUUUUAAUCGUCUCAUUAUUUAUUAUAUCGGGUUUUUGGGAGUCAAGCCAAAACGGCUCUCGGGAGCUUUGGCUAUUUUUGGUUUAUUCUCAUAUCAUGACUACUAUGCAAAGGUUUUGGGGUGUAGGAUUUCGUGUUUAUAAAGUUGAGAAUGACCUUAAUACGUUCAAGUUUUCAUAUUUUUUUUAUAUAAAACGAUACAGUCGUUUUUUGCUAAUUCAGCCAUUUCUUUUAAGGCCUGUGGCCUGUGCACGCUGGCUGCGUGUGCGUAACGUGCACGUGCGUACGCGCUAAAAUGUUGGAGCCGACUUGUCACGCAAGCGGUGUGCCGUCUCUCAUAAGGGUCUAUACACUACAGCGCCGCACGUGCACGUCACGCCCACGCAGCCGGUGUGCAUAGGCCUUUAUUGUUGUGCAUGGAACUUAUGUAUUCCAUUGCACUAACAGAGAUAGUCUCUGUACAGUAUGUGUACACUGCGUACCGUCAGCUGAAGAAAUCUGACAUCCUCUGCAGGCAUAGGUACAGUCAAAUAAUUUAAUUUCCGUACCAUUUCGUACCUUUCACGGUGACAAUCAAUAUGAAAGUCGCUAGGGACCUCAUACUAUUGUGUCGAGGUACGAAAUGGUCCUGAAAUUUAAUUGUAAUUGACUGUACAUGUUAAUCGAAGGGCUUUGAAAGUGUCUUUCCUUUUUGACAUGGAAUGUCUAAUCUAGCCGUGCACAAAUAAGUAAAAUAACCAAUAUCGCGGGCUCUAUGACAAAUGGAAUAGGUGUUCACUUAAUUAUACGGCAAAUGAUGAUGAUGGAAUUUCCUUUUGAUUUCCCGUAAAUCUCACUUUUUUGUCGUGAACGCCACGGAUUAUAGUGUCAAUUCCAUUACAAUUGUCAUUGGAGUUUCGUCAUAAUCAAAAGUUAAGCUCCCUAUUAUCUAUCAAGCAUUACGGUAUAUUUUCGAAUGGCCGAGUAAUCGUUGUACUUUGGGUGACUUUGUUAGUUUUCGACACGUCGGUAUAAAGACUUGUAGUAGGCAGGAUUUUAUGAAAACAGAAGGUACACUCCAAAAAGUGUUUUAAUUAGAUUCGAGACGUGUUGCUUUGAUGUUUUAUCGUGUGUACUUUCAGAUAGAGGUAGUUUGUGUGGGUAUUUAAGGCUGCAAAGCGUUUCAGCCGCCAUAUUUUUAUGCACAGUCGUAAAUGGAAAAUAAGAUGACUCAAGUUCAUAGCAAAAUGUGCGACAUAUAUUCCUUAAAGUCAUGAAAACUAUAUGAGUUUCUUGCAUUUUAUAUCAAUGAGUAAAAAAUGCGAUUGAAACGUUAUGGGAACUUGUAAGAAACUUGUAGUUGAAGUCGUUUGAGAUUAUGUAAUUUACAAAAAACUUUCAUUAGACGGACAGUUAGAUCAACAUUUGAAUGGAACAUUUUGUUAAAACGCGUCUUAAAUUAUUUUAACCAUACCUCUUUAUCUGCAGGCAUCAAUAUAACUAUUAUAGCAAACUGGUUCAUAGCAUAGCAUCAUCUAGCAAACUAAUGUAAAUAUACACGUACCUACUAGAUAUAUACUUUUUGUAUUAAUUUAGUUGUAAGAUUCAUUUGAAUUUCAUAAUUAUGUAGCCAUUUGGACACGCAUUCAUUUCUCAUCGCUAUCUUAUAAGCGUGUUUGCACUUGUACAUACCAAAUUAAUGAAACCAUACGGGAUAUAUAUGUAUUUGCCACAAUCACGGUACGAGGACGGGGACACUGCGAGUAAAAUUCGGUGUCCUGCGCUAUAACUUUUAUUGUUAUUUACUUUUUAAGAUCAUUCAUUAUUCAAAUAAAAUAUUGAGACUUAGUUGUAAAUUUA